AAAUAGGAAGCUCCAUGACCUAAUCCCCUCCAACCACACACUCGCGAGAUUGCGCGAGGAGGGCACAAGUUGGAGGAAACAUGGCGACGUCGAAUUUGUUAAAGAAUAAAGGCUCCUUGCAGUUUGAGGACAAGUGGGACCUGAUGAGGCCCAUCGUUCUCAAGCUACUGAGACAGGAGGCUGUCACCAAGCAGCAGUGGUUUGACCUCUUCUCAGACGUCCAUGCUGUGUGUCUAUGGGAUGAUAAGGGCCCAGCUAAGAUCCACCAGGCGCUCAAAGAAGACAUCCUAGACUUCAUCAAACAAGCUCAGAAUCGUGUGUUGAGUCAUCAGGAUGACACAGCGUUACUGAAGGCCUACAUUGUGGAGUGGCGAAAGUUCUUCACACAGUGUGACAUCCUGCCCAAACCGUUCUGUCAGCUGGAGAUCACACUGAUGGGGAAGCAGGGCAGCAACAAGAAGUCUAACGUUGAGGACAGCAUCGUACGCAAGUUGAUGUUGGACACAUGGAACGAGUCGAUCUUCUCCAACAUAAAAAGCCGUCUUCAGGACAGUGCUAUGAAGCUGGUUCACGCUGAGAGGCUGGGAGAGGCUUUUGACUCCCAGCUGGUUAUAGGAGUACGAGAAUCAUAUGUCAACCUGUGCUCUAACCCUGAAGACAAGCUCCAGAUCUACAGAGAUAACUUUGAGAAGGCCUACCUGGACUCAACUGAGAGGUUUUACAGAACACAGGCCCCAUCAUACCUACAGCAGAAUGGAGUCCAGAACUACAUGAAAUAUGCAGACACAAAGCUAAGGGAAGAGGAGAAGAGGGCAGUUCGAUACCUCGAGACUCGUCGUGAAUGUAACUCUGUCCAAGCACUGAUGGAAUGUUGUGUGAACGCUCUGGUGACGUCGUUUAAAGAAACCAUCCUGGCCGAAUGUCCCGGCAUGAUUAAACGCAACGAGACAGACAAGCUCCACCUGAUGUUUUCCCUGAUGGAUAAGGUUCCUAGUGGGAUAGAGCCCAUGCUGAAAGAUCUGGAGGAUCACAUCAUGAACGCUGGGCUGGCUGAUAUGGUGGCUGCUGCAGAGACUAUCACUUCUGACUCUGAGAAGUACGUGGAGCAGCUGCUGAUGUUGUUUAACCGUUUCAGUAAACUGGUGAAGGAGGCUUUUCAGGACGACCCUCGAUUCCUCACUGCCAGAGACAAGGCCUACAAAGCUGUAGUGAACGAUGCCACCAUCUUUAAACUGGAGCUGCCCCUCAAACAGAAAGGGGUAGGUCUGAAAACCCAGCCAGAGUCGAAGUGUCCAGAGCUGCUAGCUAACUACUGUGACAUGCUGCUGAGGAAAACCACCCUGAGCAAGAAACUCACCUCAGAGGAGAUAGAACUCAAACUCAAAGAAGUGUUGCUGGUGUUGAAGUAUGUUCAGAAUAAGGAUGUGUUUAUGAGGUACCAUAAAGCCCACCUGACCAGAAGACUGAUCCUGGACAUCUCAGCUGACAGCGAGAUAGAAGAGAACAUGGUGGAGUGGCUCAGGGAGGUGGGGAUGCCUGCAGACUAUGUGAAUAAGCUGGCCAGGAUGUUCCAGGACAUUAAAGUAUCGGAUGAUCUCAACCAGGUCUUCAAGGAGAUGCACAAACACAACAAGCUGGCUCUACCAGCUGACAGUGUGAAUAUAAAGAUCCUGAAUGCGGGGGCGUGGUCGAGGAGCAGUGAGAAGGUGUUUGUAUCUCUGCCUACUGAGCUGGAGGAUCUGAUCCCAGAGGUAGAAGACUUCUACAAGAGGAACCACAGCGGGAGGAAACUACACUGGCACCACCUCAUGUCCAAUGGCAUUAUCACCUUCAAGAAUGAAAUGGGUCAUUAUGACCUUGAGGUCACGACCUUUCAGCUGGCUGUCCUAUUCGCCUGGAACCAGCGGCCGCGGGAGCGAAUCAGCUUUGAGAACCUUAAAUUGGCUACCGAGCUGCCUGAUGCUGAGCUACGACGCACACUCUGGUCUCUGGUAGCAUUCCCUAAGCUGAAGAGACAGGUUUUGUCCUAUGAGCCUUCAGUCUCCUCCCCUAAAGACUUCACUGACAGCACCCUGUUCUUCAUCAACCAGGACUUUUCUCUCAUUAAAAACUCCAAGGUCCAGAAAAGAGGCAAGAUUAAUCUGAUUGGUCGAUUGCAGCUGACCACGGAGCGAAUGAGAGAGGAGGAGAACGAGGGCAUUGUCCAGCUGAGAAUAUUAAGAACCCAGGAGGCCAUCAUCCAGAUUAUGAAGAUGAGGAAGAGGAUCAGUAACGCCCAGCUACAGACAGAGCUGGUAGAGAUCCUUAAGAACAUGUUCCUGCCCCAGAAAAAGAUGAUCAAGGAACAGAUCGAGUGGCUCAUCGAACACAAAUACAUCAAACGGGACGAGACUGACAUCAACACCUUUAUCUACAUGGCAUAGAACCCACUUACCUGGACUGGAACCACCUACCUACCUACUGCUUGACCUGGCUGGAUCCUCACUGCUGCAGGAGGAAGAGGAAACACAGGAAGAGGAGGGAGGGAGCAGUGGUUGUUUCAGAAGAGGAAGUCUCUCUGUGGCCGGAGGGGGGAGGGAAGGGGCAGGCCAGUUAGUUGUAUGAGAUAGAUGGUGUAGUCUUCAGACUGUGGCGCCACCCGGGGGCCAGGAGGAGGAGGACAGUGGGGCUGACUGACAGUCUCAGUAUCACAGUAGAGACAUGAUUAAAUAAACAAACUCUCCCUGCCUUACCCUCCUUACGCAGUCCGCACAGAGACAGACAGACAGGAGGCCUAAUGGACUAGUAGUCUAUAUCAUUAUGGAGUGGACAUUGAGAGGAGUGUAUUUUGCCAAAUGUACUGUGUGUGUAUGUCUGCACCUUGACAGCUUGCUGCUCCUUAGAAGUCUUGCAAUCAUCUGAGGUCCCGUCACACGUGUGUGUGUGUGUGUGUGUCACUUUUCCGUCCAGCUCCACCCCCCCCCAACUGCCACAACCCUCAGAGGUCAUGGCUCCAUACGUAUCAGCCAGUCGUAGGGUGAGAACAAACGAGACCAUCACUUUUCUGUUUCCUACCUUGUAGGUCAAUGUGUCUGAAUGGUUUUAUAUAUGACUUUCAUUCUCCUUCUCAAUGCUCAUCUUUAUUUUUGUGAACUGUUGUGUGUAUCGUUUGUAAAUGCUGCACAGCGUCGUCCAAUCGAUCGAUUGAAGUCACAAAGCUCUCUAGCGAUCUUGGAUUCUCCUGUACCUCUCCUCUUUUCUCCCCCAUCCAUAGCCAGUGCAUGAUAUGACAGGUGUAUUGUUGUCAGACCAUGAGUGGGUGUCAUGACUGUUCAUGACCCAGGUUUCUUCCCAAAUGUCACCAUAUUCCCUAGGUACUGUAUUAGGGUGGCAGGUAGCCUAGUGGUUAGCAAGCUGGGCCAGUAACCAAAAGGUUGCCGGAUCAAAUCCCC